AGACGAGUGGAUGCUGGAAUUACACACAAGGAAGGUGGCAGUUUAUAGUUAAAGGGGGCUUCAGGGAGAGAUAGCUGGAGGACCCCCUCUAAAUCGGUCGUACUGGCGCAUGCAGCCUGGAGAUAACAACCUAGAGAUGGAGGGAGGGCCCAGCCAAACUGCCACCAUCUGAAGGGCAUGACCAUGAAACUGCUUUAAAGCGCCAUGAAGAUAACUUUUCCACUGAAUAUCAGCUCAUCGCUGGCAUAGGACCGCUAGCGAGCAAAAAGACUUUUCAACAAGAGUAAAACAACAAGAGCGGGAAAGGGAAGAUUUUUGUCACACCAAUAGCGACAUAAGCCUUUUUUUUUUCUUUUGCACUCGCUCACCUGAGGGAUUUCGCCCCAUCCAGAUAGUAACAAUGGAAAAGGCAGCAGUGUCGGCCGAGGGCCUUCUCAUCCCACUCAUCGACUUUUCAAAGUUUCUUAACGGCAAUGAUGCACAAAGACAAGAAACCGCGAAGGCCAUUCUCCACGGCUUCCAAACGGCUGGUUUCAUUUAUCUGAAGAACCUGCCCCUAGAGCCUGAGGUCCUGUCGCAUGUCUUCGCCACGUCGGCCAAGUUUUUCACCGUGCCGCUCGAGACAAAGAUGGAUCUCGCUUGGACGACUCCGGCUAGCAACCGAGGAUACUCGGCCCCCGGCCGUGAGAAGGUGACCCAGUUGGCCGACAUUGACGAAGUCAAAAAGCUAAAGGACGGGAAUCCUGACAUGAAAGAGAGCUUUGAGAUCGGCCGUGAAGGCGUCCCCGAAUACCCGAACCAAUGGCCCAAGGAUGACACUGAUGCGACGUCCGAGUUCAAGCCUACGAUGCUCGACUUUUUCGACCGAUGCAAGGCCAUCCACGUCGAGGUCAUGCGGGCUAUCGCUGUAGGUAUGGGGCUCGAGGACCCGGGCUAUUUCGACCGGUUUGUCGACGUGGGUGACAACACCCUUCGACUGUUGCACUAUCCAGCAGUCGACCGCAAUGUGUUCCAGAUCAACCCGGGCCAGGUCCGCGCCGGCGAACACUCUGAUUAUGGAUCCAUCACCCUCUUGUUCCAGGAUGCUAGGGGUGGCUUGCAGGUCAAGGGGCCAAAUGGGGCGUUUGUUGACGCUACCCCGAUCCCUGGAACCUGCGUUGUCAACGCCGGCGACCUGCUUGCACGCUGGAGCAAUGACACCAUCAAGAGCACCAUCCACCGCGUAGUUGAGCCGCCUUCAGGCGAAGGCGAUGUGUACCCGCCUCGGUAUAGCAUUGCUUAUUUCUGCAACCCCAAUAGCGACGCGUAUAUUGAGACCAUCCCUGGAACGUACCAGACGGAAGCGGACAAGAAAUAUGAGGGUAUCAACAGUGGUAAAUAUCUUGAGCAGAGGCUAGCAGCAACUUACUGAGCCGACAGGCAGGUAGUACAGACAAAAGUUGACUUGCCACUCUGUAUCUGGCCGCUUCAACAGAGAGCAUAAUAAACGAAAGAACAUAUAUGAUGGAAGAAAAUAAGAGAUAUGCUUGCCGAUCUAUCGCAAUAGACAGAUGGUUUGAAAGUAAUUGAGUAGUACCUAAACUGCACGCAUGUG